ACCUGCGUGGGAUUAGGGCUUCGGGCGGGAGGCGACCACUCCACGGCGCCGGGGAGGCCUGGGUUUUUCCUUCCCGAGCCCUGGAGCUGAGGCCUGGUUCGUCUCCGCGAAGAGAACGACCUUUCCCGCUCUGAGGGCUGCCGGAAAUAAACAGGAUUUCCUGCCCCCUUUUUAUCCCUCUCCCAGUCUGAUGGAUUAGACGGUCACCACGCAUCUUUCCCGGGACAGGAGCUGUGGAGGGAGGCUCUUUUUAGACUUGCCAUGUGCACACUUUUUUUGGGCGGGAGACUCCGGUUUAAAUCAUCUAGGGACAGUUUCGAAAGUAUCGUCUUGCCGUGCUGAAAGCCCUCACCGCUCCCCCUACAAGGGCCAAUUAAAGUCUUAACUCGUUAUCUUUUAGACUCCGUGCAGAGUUUCCAUGCUAUGGUUUCCGUUCUCCAACUUGCCAAAAAAUUGCUUUGCCAUUGUAGAAUUUGUUAGAGAAUACUGGCCACCUUGGCUAGCAUCUGCCUCAACUAGUUAGUGCCAACAGAAACACAUUUCUCGAAAUUGCUGGCUAAUUGCUAGCUUAUUGCUUCCCCGAGUGAGGCCCGAUACUUGUAUUUCUAAUGAUCUUCUUUGGCAGAGCAGGGCCAGGAGGGGGGCUACACGUUUCAGGGAAAACAGAUGAGAAAUGAGGCCUGGAGAAGAAAGAUGGAAACUCAGGAAAUGUUAGAUUAUAGGACUUGAAAGACAUGGAUACAAAAAAAAAGUAGGGGAAUGUUUUAGGACACUAAACCUUGCAUGUUAGAGGAACCCUUGGCGUUAAUUUUUUUUUUUAAGUCCUUUGUAACAGGUUUGAUAUGGCGACAGUUUAGUACCGAGCCUAAUACUAGCAGCUAACACUUGAGAUGUUAUGAAAGAUACCUAAGAAUAAGUUGCAUGUUUGAGAAAAAUCGGUAGCUGCCAGACAGAUUGUCUGGAUUUAAAAAGCCAUUUCAAAUUAUCUUUAGAAGGAAUUAGCUUCUUGCUGAGGAAAAUGUCCUAAAUAAAGUGUUCAUGAAUACUGAUUUGUUCUUGAGUAAAAGGCUUAGAAAAUUUCCCGUUUUGUACAGUAGUAUUUUUAAUUGUUAGGAAUACACUAAAUAAAGUUGGGAAUUUUGGUGGUGUUAUGUGAUAUUUGUCAUAUAUCUGAGAGAGCAAGUUUAAAACUUCAGUUUUUUUUCCAGAGCCCAACUAAGUUGACAGAUUAACUACACUUUAUGGAAAUAAGCAUGGGUUUCGAAGCCAGAGAGACCUGGGUCUGGCUCCACCAUUUACAAGUUGUGGAAAAGUUAUUUGACUCCUGUGAACCUAAAUUUCCUCACCCACAUGGAAAAGGAGAAAUGAGAUGAUAAAUUUAAAACAUUUGGCUUAUAGCAGGCUUCCAGUAAGUGAUAACUAUGAACAAAGAGAUUGUGAUCAUUAGAAGACAUCUUAGCAUGCAGAUGUUUAAUAACAUAAAGCAUACUUGGUUAGGUCUGUUUUCUGAGGUCACUCUGGUGAUAACCCAGUGAGCAGGAAAUGAUGUUAAUGAGAAAACUGGUUAAUGGAUAAAAUCCUGAUUACCCACCACUAAGAUGCCUGCUUCUGUGUUAAAUGUAACUGGGGAGGAGGCAGAAAAACAGUUCUCCUCUUGAGUAAAUGACAUGUUAAUGGUUAUAACAUGCAGAUUUUUUGGUAAGAGAUGCUUGUUCUCACUAUAAAUUCAAACAGGUAAAGCUUGUAAUGGCUUACAUGAAAAGAUUUAUUUGAAGUGGGCUUUGAAGAAGGGCUUGACUGUGGCUUAGAAUGGAGAGCAAUGUGUGGGAAUAGAAUGUGCUAUACCUGGGUAUACCUGGUGAUGAGGAGGUGCUCCAGUAAGGAGUGUUUGUGAGAAAUAAUCAACAGUCUGUCGUGGAUUAUCAGCCUCAUGAAAGAUCUAGAAACUUAACAGCAAAACCCAGAAACAACAUGAAACAUUCGAAAUCAUGGAUUCAAAAGGCUCUGGAAAGAAUUGAGCAACCUGGGAAAAUGGUGUGCUAAGAGGAAGGACAAAUCCUUCCAGGAACCUGAAUACCUAGGUCUCAUUUUGGGAACUGUUCGUUCUUACAGUUCUGCUGCUAAACCAUGAUAUUCAUAAAAUCAGUGAUUGAAAGUCAAGAUUGAAAUAAGGAAUGGAAAGUCAUUUGAGGACUUUGAAGACAGGUGUGACAAUCACAAAAUGAUGGGCACAAUAUGACAUUCGAGCAGCAUUCAGGAAUUAUUGCAGAGGAAAAUGACUUCUGGGAAGAAGAUCAACGGUAAAGAUGAAGUUCAAGCAAAAACUGACCAGACUAGAUGGCAGAAAUGCAGGAGACUCUGCAAGGAAGGAGUAGGUAGAAAAGGAAAAGGUGACUGACUUUAACAACAGGUGUAAGCUCAUAGUCCUGGAAACUGAGAAGGAUUGUGGAUACUGAGAAGCAUCUUUAAACAUAUCUGGAUUGUCAUUAUUAGUUAACACUCAAAAACAGAUUUUAUAUAGAUAGAAAGAAUUGCUGAAGAGUUCAAAUUUGUGGUAGAAGUGAGGUAUAUCAGUAGAUAGGUCUCUGGGUGUCACAAGUGGUUUGUGAUGGCCUACUAACCUGAAGGCCUAGUCAUCUAUUUCCAUGAAGAUUAUAGCCAAGGAAACCUCUACUUUAUAAUAUCUGGGGCCAUCAUAAGUCAGAAUUGACUCAACAGCAGUAGGUAUGUUAAGCUAAGGGGUUGUAGAUAAAGUUCAGUAUUAAAUAGGGCAUAAAAUACUUGCAUAAUAGAAAGUUGAUAAAAUCAGGAAGCAGAAGAGCUCCCCAAAGGAGGUUUAGUGGCCAGGAGAGGAUUUUGUGCACGCUCUUGGGAUUUAGAGAAAGAAGAGUUAUGUAUCCCGUAGUUCAUUGCUGGCCAUUUUAAUGUGCCAGGCAACCCUAGGGCAAUACUUCAGACUAAAUGUGUUUAUAUCCUUAAUGACUACACAGCACCACCAUCCCUGAUUCCUGAAAGUUCCAUCAGUUCUAAAAUGGUCAAAGAGAUCCGAUCAAGAGCAGCCACUUAAAGGAUUUACUGUAGAUUGCCUCUGUUUUGGAGAACUUCUAGAAAGAUGGGUCAUUUUGGAGCCACAAAUUUGAUGUAGAUCUCCCAAGACCAUAUGGACCACUUCAGAUACCAGAUUCAUUAGGGUCACCUGCAGUCCUACCUGCUGCACUAACUCCAGCAAAAGCCACUUUGGGCCCAGGGGGAGAAUCGAGGAGUGUCAAGGAAGCAACAGUAUUGUCAGCCCGUAUUUGUAGCCUUCCAUCUCUAGGGUAACUAACUUGCCAUCUCUGAUUAUGUAUAUAUAGAUUCUAUGAAUUUUUUGUUGUUGUUAUUAAGAAAUCACUUCCAUAGAAAAUACUUGGUAACCAAGAAGCAGUAGAUUAGUAUAUCUACACAUAAAUGUGCAAAUGCAUAUUUGGUCAAUCUCAGAAAGACAUUUACAUUUAUGACUGAUUUUCUUUCUGAAUCAUAAUUUUUCUUAAGUAUAAUAUUUACUUAUUUAGAUUUGCAAAAUCAAUUGUUUAUGAAAGGAUUAAUUUUGAACUUAACUUUUUUAAGCACCGUCACAGAAAGUCAGCAUCCUUCCUAGUGGACUAUUAAAAAUAGGCUGUUAACUAUUUAAUUUACAAGAAUCAUUGUAGAAGAGUUUUUUUAAUACAGUAGUUUCUGUAUUACCACAAAGUAAAAUCUUGUGGUUUAAGUCAUAGAUCUUUAUAUCUUAAUUUUUUCCUAUUUUAGUUAAUAAAACUUAUUGAAUCUAAAGAUUAUCAUACCUGCCUAGUAGGUGAAAGGGUAAACCCCCAAAUCAUUGAGUUUUUAGUUGAUUAAAGGCAUGAGUUAAAACUCAAGUCAAGGGAAACUUUACUAUGAGUUUCAGAAGCUAUAUGUUACAUUACAGUGAAAUCUUAAAUAGUCAGAAUUUUCAGGGGUGUGCUGAUCUAUAAUUGGAUUUUCACAAUAUCUAAGUAUUAGCGAUAAAGGUUUGUUUUCAACCUUGUUGAAGAUUCUUUAGAGUAGAAUGUCCGUUAGUAUAGAAGAGUUAAUUUUUUUAAUGUGUUGUUUAACACUUUCAGUGAGUUGUGUUGUUGUUCCAUAUGUCCUGAUCACUGUAGGGCAUUGUUGGAGGAAGAUACUGAAAUGAAUCUCUGCCAGCCCCAGAACCUGCACAGGAAUUUUCGCUCUUGACUGAAUCCCUGAUGGAAGCUUGUUUUUCAUCUUUUCUUUUAAUGGGGAAAUAUACUUAGUCUAAUGUUCUAGGUCAUUGGAUUUUAGUUAAUUGAGCUAUUAGUGAAUUCUUAAUCACCCUUCCACCACCAAUGCUUUAUUAUUUUUAUAAUAAUGAUAAAAUAGGUGAUAGAAAUGGCUAAAGAAAAAGCAAACACUUUCCCUUUAAGGAUCUCAUCACCUUUUGUUCAUGGGCACUUCUGCCCUCAGAAAUAAUGUCACAUUUGGACAUAAACACGUACCAAGGAUUUGAGUCAGUGUGUCAAGAAAACUGUUGUUGUUAGGUGCUAUCAAGCCAGUUCCAACUCAUAGCAACCCUGUGUACAACAGAACGAAACACUGCAUUGGUCCAAAGAAAGCUAGGUAGGGCAUUUAGUUCUAGAUUGAUUUUAUAAUUAUCUAAAAAGAGAUUAAAACAUAGUUUUAUUUAAAGGAGGGUUUGAACAACCCUGUUUGUACAUGGCUAAUGUUAAAAAAGCCCAUUUUUUAUUUCUAUUUUCACAUUUUAAAAUAGCACAUGUAUUUCUGAUUAUAAGACCUUUGCAGUGUUAUCGUAAAUUUCUUUUUCAAUGUGGAAAAGGAAAAAAAAAAUGUAUAACACUGUGGCAGGUAUCCUUUAUGUAAAUAUUUGUACACAUUUCUAAUUAUUACCUUAGAACACAUUCCUAAAAGUGGACUUUUGGGAUCAAAGCAAACACACAUUUUUAAGACUUUUGGUAGCUAUUGGUUUCCUUUGCCCUUUAGACAAAUAGUAUUACAUUUUCAUCUGCCAUGUUCAAGAGUCCUUAUUUUUCUGAACUGUCAGCUGCUCUGGAUAUUGUGAUUUUUUUUUUUAAUUAAAAUAUUUUAAAUUAUAUAUGAGAAAGUCAUCUUAACAACACUUUUAGCUCAGCCAUUUAGCCUAACAAGAACAUUUUUCAAAAUAACUUUUAACAGUGUUUUUAACAUUGAGGAGGUCUUCUAUGCAAUUUUAUGUGCCGCUUUUUCUACUUAAUUUAUCACUUGUGUGUUUUCCAUUACAUUAAAAUCGUCUUUAUAAACAUCAUUUAAAGGCUGCAUAAAAGCCAUUAUAUGGCUGUACCUUGAUUUACCCCAGCCAUCCCUCCUAGGUUGACUAGUUCUCGCUGUUACAAAUAACCCCGUGGUGGAUAUCUGUGCAUGAAACUUUGCAUUUUUAUCAUUCCUCGGGACAGGUUUUAUGAAGUAGAAUUCAUGUGCCACAGCAGGAAUGAACAUUUUCAAGGCUCUCAGUGCAUAUAGCCAAAGAACUUUCCAGAAAAGCUGCCCCAGUUACACUUCCACCAGCAGCAUGGGAGUGUGCCCAUGUCAUGGCAGCCUCACCAGCAUUGAGCAUCCUUAUUUUUAAAAGUCUUUACUAAUUUAACAGGUGAAAAUGGUCUCAUGCAUUCUAAUUAAGAACUUUUUCUUGAACAGAUAAUAAAAAUAAGAAACAGAACUAUGGGCAAAGUAGCAUUCCAUCCUUGUUUUAUUAGUAGUAUAACUGUUACAAAUGUGACCAAGUUGUUUUUGUACUGAAGUUUCUUGUUGAAGUCAGCCUAUCUCCAAACAUCAUUCAUAAUUAUUUGUCUGAGUCAUUUUAAACCCCUAUGCCUCAGUUUAGUAUCUUACUCCUACCUUCCUAAUUGAGGUGCCCUGCUGGCAUGAUGGUUAAGUGCUCAGCUGUUAACCAAAAGGUUGGUUCUAUGAACCCAGUGGCUCCGCAGGAGAAAAGACCUGGCAAUCUGCUCCUAUAAAAAUUUCAGCCAGGGAAACCCUAUGGGGCAAUCCUGUACUGUCCUAUGGGGCCACCAUGAGUUGGAAUCCACUUGACAGCACACAACAACAAGCUAACAUUAAGCCCUGUGGAUGGCACAAACAGUUAAGUGCUAGACUGCUAGCUGAAAAGUUGGUGAUGCAAACCUACCCGGAGGUGCCUGGGAAGACAAACUCGCCAGCCUGCUUCCAAAAGGUCACAGCCCUAAAAAUCCUAUGGGCAGUUCUACUCUGCACAGAAGGGAUCACCAUGAGUCAGAAUCGACUUGACGGCAAAUAACAAGCUAACAUUGAAAUUAUAAAACAUCAGAAAAUAUUAACAGCAUAUUUUUGUAUGAUUUACUUUUCAACUGCAUAUACAAAGCACCUUGCAAACAAGUGUUCAUAGUUUGUGCUAAUGGGGAAACCAAGGCAUGGGGAGAUUAAGUGACUGGGCCAAUGUUACAAAAUUAUUUAUUGGCAAUUCAGAAACUAAAGAUCUUCGGUAUUCACAGACCAGAUAACAGCAUGCACAGUGGCAGUCAAAGCUUCUCAUGCUGUUUGUUUCCUUCCAGAUGGUUCAGUCCUGUCCUUUUGGGACUUGCUUCCCAGGGUGAGGCAAGGCCUUCAGCCUGUUUAAUAUUUGGUCUCUAUGUAGAGGCUUCCAAAAAGCUCACAAGUUACUGCCAAGUAAGACAGAUGGUAAUUUUUAUGAUGUUGACCCUGGGUGGCACUGCCAGUGAUUCUCCUCAGGUUGCUCUUUGAAGAGCUGCAAGGUGGUAUCAGCUUUGGCAGGGCUGACCGGUCUCAUUCCUAGAGCUCUCUGGUGUUGGAGUAUCCUAAAGCUGAGGGGUAAGAGUGCUCAGAAUUUACGUGCCCAUAUUUGAAGAAAUGCCCUAGAUGACCUUUCCUAUAUGUUGAGAUGAGAGACUCCCUGUGUAGAGAUCUCUGAAAUGCAAAUAAUACCUGAAGAAGCACUUAAAUGACACUUGUUAUCCCUCCACCAGGCUCCCCAACCAUGUCUUUAGGUUUGUAUGCCAGAAAGGUGGGUCUUUAUGAAGAGACCUCCACUAGAGAAAGAAGACUGAAGGAGGGCAGUUCGAAUUCAGCCGUCAGGAAUAAAAGAGCAGGAGGCUCAGGCAAGGGAGUCAGGAAUGACAGACUAGAGACAUUGACUUUGAGAAAAGUUUUUUUGCACAGAUAAAAUGAAGCUACUGAUCCAUGAUGUUAAAAAAAAAUUUUUUUAAUAUUAAAUGAGUGAUAUGGCCAGUUUCAAGGAAAGGACAUCCCCAGGAAAUAGAGUAGGGAGUGUCAUCUUUAAUCAAAAAUUUAAAAAUUAAGAAGAAAACACAGACUAUAGCCCUGGGACCUUGGGACAGUUAUGGGGGACAUGGGAACAGCCAAGAUAGUCCCAGAGGCAUAAUCUCUAGGAGGCUUUAACACCUGUCAACCCUCUCAUGUCAUUUUAGAGGUAAGUAUGCACUGGUUUUGUGUUUGUAGCUUUGGUGUGAAAUCAGGUAGUACUGUCUGUUAAGUGUAAAAGCUUUGUUGCAUUAAGUAGGAGUAACAUAGGUAAUUCUGCCUAAUGGCCCACGAAUUUUAUUCUAAAUUGGUAAUAUAGCUUUUUCUUUCUUGCGUUUUAAUUGUUUUUAGUUUGUGAUUGAGUCUCCGUGGACUUUAGGACGUUGUCAAGGAAUACUUGACCCCCCUCGUGAGGCCUUUUAAUUUCAUUUACCCUCAGUGUUAAGUGCUGGAAGAUUAAAAUGGACACAAGUGUGAUUAUGUUGGCUCCUCUUUAAGGAAAGUGACCAUGCUGACUUAAAUUGUCAGAAUUAACAGGUUAUGAUUGUUUGAUCCACAAACCAUUUGGAAGUAUGUUGCUUUCUGGAUAGUUCCAUUUUAGAGAAUAAAAAUAUGUGGCAGCUGUGGUUCAUUUUUUAGACAGUUUUAGGACCCAUAGAACGGAUACAAAAUAAGGCUAAAUUUGAAUUUGGUACCAAUUUCUCUCUACCUCCUCCCAUUCUGGGGAAUUUUGUCUCCUUGUUUAGUUUUUAGAAUAAUGAUUAUUCCUAUCCUGUUUUCUCCACCCCAGUAUGUGGUAUAUGAGCAUUCCUUUAGAGAUGGACUGGUAACUGCAUUGUGGGCACAGCGCCUUGGGCCUGAGUUUAUUUCUUUUUCUUUAGAAGUUUUUUCACCAGAUGGUUUAUUUUGUGAGAAAGUAGGGUCACAAGUUUAAUUUUCUUAUCAAUAUAUUUGUGUUCUCAAAGCUGGGAUAUAGGUUUCUGUUUUCCUAGACUAGUGUUAAUGUUUUGAUUAUAGGUUUGGUUCAGUAGUAGCUUAGAAGAGAAUAAACUUUCACAGCAUUAGUAUUUGAACACAUCACAUGCAGAAAUGGUAUUUCUUGCCAUUCAGUAUUUCUCGUAAGACACUAGUGUUCAUGGGGGUAUUUGUCUUCACACUACAAAACAUGAUUUGAUGGAACUGAUUUUCUGUGCUCGUAGAGCUUGUGUUUCUCAGACUACAUUUGGUCUUAUGGACCACUUUCCAUUGGCAUACAGGAGGCAGAAGAGCAUAAUGACAGAGUGGGUUUUAGAUUAAAGCCUGAGUUUGAAGAAUCCAAGGUGUUUGGGUAUCCUUGGGAAGUUACUUAACUAUCUAAGUCUUCAUUUCUUCAUCUAUGAGAUAAUAGUAAACCUCAGAGUUGUGAAAGUUGAAUGAUAUCUGUGAAGCAUAGCACAACGCCUAAAACAUAGUAAGACAUUUUAAAAAAUGGUAGUAGUUAACAAGGAAUUUGGAGAAGGAAAAUGUCCUGGUGGACUGGAGUAGCCAUGUUAAUAAUAGUUUUGGAACUAAUCAAAAUCAAAUCUGAUCUUAGGUGCUUAUCUGCAAAGCACUUUUUUGGUUGCUGCUAUAAUCCCUAUGUAACUAGAAGUUUGGAAACCUAGUUUCUUUGAUUUCUGAACCAUUUUUUCCUCCACCAUUUAUGCUUAUAUUUGUUUUGGUCCCAGUCAUCAUCCCUUGGAAAACUAAUUAGAUGUAUUCUUAAAUAUAUAAUAUUGUCAGUAUCCCUUCCAACUCACCACCUCUAGGCCCAGCCUUCUCCUCUUUGCUGGUCUAAUUUUUACCAAGUCUUAGAACCAAAGAUAGACUCCAGGGGUUGAUGUGGGGCCUCCAGGAUGGGGAUUGUGCAGAAUAAUCUUAUUUUUCCUCUAUUCUUCCAGUCUGUUAUGUUCUGAACCCACACAUGUUUUCGGAAGGACCAGAUGGCUGGCACUGGCUAAUGGGAAUCAAAAGACGAGAGUGAAAGUAACCUGGUUGUCACAUAUCCCUAGCUUAGAGGUGCUUUGUCCUGUCCCAUGAUGAGUUUUUUUUUUUUUCCCCUGGCUACGUCGCCUCACUGUUAUCAGAAAAGUCUAGCACAGCCUGAUCUGUCUGAGGUUAGAUUAAGUGAAUGAAGUUGAAUGAAAAAGAAUUGUAUUCAGGACUGUGGAAGAGAAAGAGUAGCAUCUGCCUUUAUAUAGACAGUAUAGCCAUGUGGUUAAGAGCUUGGGUUUUGGAGUCGUGUGGAUCUGGUUUCAAAUCCAGUUUCACCACUUACAGGCUCCUUGUCAGUGAUCAAGUCACUUAACCUCUUCAAGCCUCAGUUUUCUCACUUGUGAGUUGGGAAUAAUAACAGUACGUUCUUCACAUUUGUCAUGAGAAAUGAAUGAAAUAAAUUAUUUGCUGUGUGCCAGGCACUAUGCUAAAUAGUAAAUAUUAGCUUUUGUUGUUACUAUUAAGCAACUCAUAAUUAAAUGAAAGGAUAAACACAAAGAAGAACAAAGUUUGAAAAGCCACAAAAACAUGGCCAUAUAAUACAUAAAUUUGAAUAGAAGUGCUAAAGCUAAUAUGAUUGGAGUCAGGCAGGUUUUUGAGGCUUCAUGAAAUAUAAUUCUCAAGCAUCUGCAGUAAAAUUGAUGUGGUUCCUCUUGUGUAGCCAGGGUGUUUUUGGUUGAGAGAAUUAUAUAAAUAGAGGUAUUAAGGAGUCAUAAUAGACCUCUGACCAAAGGAAUGAUAGAACAGCUGACUUGCUACAUGUAAAGAGACAAGUUAACUAGGUAAAAAUAGCCACAGCCUAGAAUUAAGGUAAUCAAACAGGUAGAGACAGCACUGAGGGCCUUACAAAAUGAGAAAGCUGUAGAACUUGGCAAUAUGAUGGAAAGGGCAACCAGAGAGAAAGAGUGAAAGGUGAAUUACAAGCUUGUUGGGAGUGAAUGAGAUGGUCAGGGGGUCUAGAAGAGAGAAAUCAUGAGGUAGGUAGGUUUUCUUCUUUGAAGGUGGGGAAAGAUCAAGUGCAGACUGAGCUGUGGUCAACGUUUGCAGACCAGGAAUCCACACUAGCUCUAAUCAGAGAGCUCUUGGUAUGCAGGAACUGCCAGUUUGCCGACGGGAAAAGAGCCCCAGACUGGGUAAUGGUGAGCCCUGAAGUCGCACCCCAGCUCUGCCACUCAGUGAGCACGGCAACAUCCCUAAUCCUGACCAGCCAUGGAGAGGUUCGGUUCUUACAAGGAAAAUGAGUGGAUGUGGGAAUGGCUCACCACAUUGGGAAAACAAAACUCACAUCCUGCUGAUGGUGGCUGAGGACUGUCAUGUCCACAUACAAAGAAAAACAUGUGGCACAGUUUUAGGACAAAGGUAUGGUUUUGUGGAGUUUGAUGAUCUGCGUGAUGCAGACGAUGCUGUUUAUGAACUGAAUGGCAAAGACCUCUGUGGUGAGCGCGUAAUUGUUGAGCAUGCCCGCGGCCCACGGCGUGAUGGCAGCUACGGUUCUGGACGCAGUGGAUAUGGUUAUAGAAGAAGUGGCCGAGAUAAAUACGGCCCUCCUACUCGCACAGAGUACAGGCUUAUUGUGGAGAAUUUGUCAAGUCGGUGCAGCUGGCAAGACCUAAAGGAUUAUAUGCGUCAGGCAGGAGAAGUAACCUAUGCAGAUGCUCACAAGGGACGCAAAAAUGAAGGAGUGAUCGAAUUUUUGUCUUAUUCUGAUAUGAAAAGAGCUUUGGAAAAGUUGGAUGGAACUGAAGUCAAUGGCAGAAAAAUCAGAUUGGUUGAAGACAAGCCAGGUUCUAGACGACGCCGAUCCUACUCCAGGAGCCGGAGUCAUUCAAGGUCUCGCUCUCGAAGCAGGCAUUCCCGUAAGAGCAGAAGCCGAAGUGGCAGCAGCAAAACCAGCCAUUCUAAGAGCAGAUCUCGAUCCAGGUCGCGUUCGCAUUCCCAGAGCAAGAGCCGCAGCCGUAGCCAGAGCCGCAGCCGGAGCAAGAAGGAACAAAGCAGGAGCCCCAGCAAGGAUGACAAGAGCCGUAGUCGCAGCCGCAGUGCUGACAAAAGCCGCAGUAAGAGUAAAGACCAAGCCGAAGAGAAGAUCCAGAACGACAGCGUUGGGAAAUCCAAGAGCCAGAGUCCCAGUAGGCAUAAAAGUAAGAGUAAAAGUAGGAGCAGGAGUCAAGAGAGGAGAGUGGAGGAGGAGAAGCGAGGGAGUGUGAGCCGAAGUAGAAGCAGGGAGAAGAGCAGGAGUCAGGAGCAAAGCCUCCUCGAGGGCAGGAGCCGAAGCAGGAGCAGAAGCAAAGGAGGCAGCAGAAGCCGAAGCAGGAGUCGCAGCAAAAGCAAGGACAAGAGGAAGGGAAGGAAGAGAAGCCGGGAGGAGAGCCGCAGCCGAAGCCGCAGCCUCAGCAAGAGUGAGCGGAGCAGAAAACGAGGCGGCAAGCGAGACAGCAAGUCAGGCAGCAGCAAGAAGAAGAAGGAAGACACCGAUCACUCCCAGUCUAGAUCGCGGUCCCGCUCCGUGUCAAAGGAGCGAGAGCGUGCCAAGUCCGAGUCUGGCCAGAGGGAAGGCCGAGGAGAGAGUGAGGAUGCAGGCACCAACCAGGAGACCCGGUCCAGGUCGAGGUCCAAUUCCAAAUCAAAACCAGACCCAUCAGAAUCGCGCUCUAGGUCAAAGUCAGCCUCAAAAACCCGGUCUCGGUCCAAGUCUAGAUCCAGGUCCGCUUCCAGAUCACCUUCCCGGUCUAGAUCUAGGUCCCACUCAAGGUCCUAACUGGCUACGACCACAGUUGGAACUACCCGAGAAGUCUUUUGUACAUGUUUGGUAGCCGUAGCACAAGUGAUUGAAGUAGACCACACGUCACUGCUGUACAUUUUUAACUCCCCUAAUGGUGUGUCUAUAAUUGUUAAAUCUCAGUGCUUCCUCUCUGUAAAGCCUUCUGGCGCCAGGCCCUCCUGCUCGACUGAAACAAAAAUCUUCUUUUUGAAGCCCCCUCUCCCCCCUUUUACUCACGGCCCACGGUAGAAUAUCCAAAAUGCCUUGGCUUUCCGGCCUGGCCUUUCCUACAGGGAGCUCAGUACCUGGACAGCUUUAAGGCUGGAGUGAUGACAUAGGUAGGUAUGGUGAGUUCAACUGUUUUUGCCCUUGAAUUGAUGCCCUUUGAUGUAUGCCAUUUAGUGAAAGUGCUAAGUCUUAAGUUUCCUACCACUUGGGUUUCAUAUUUUUGGACUUAACAAAGUUGUGAAUAGCACAGUCGAGGAAAAUUGAUACCUGCAGUAACCCAUAGAAGAUAAACUGUAGAGUUCCAUAUUCUGGUAUUGUGACUAUAUUGUUUUAUAUUAAAAAAAAAAGAAGAAGAAAAGAAUUUUUUUUAAUUUUAUUUUUCCCCGUCUUGCAAAGUAUAGUGCCCCCGCCCCCCCCCCCCCGUUUCCAUUAAAUU